GCUGAGACAAUAGAACAGCAAGAGACCAAAACAUUCGACUUGGAGGCGGAGGCAAGUUUAGAAAAAUUUAAGGUUUAAGUGGCUAAACUAACUCAAUUAUUAUGUCUGUAAAUCUUAAUAAAAAUAAAGCAGAGUUGUUAAAAGCAUGGGAAGAAAUUCACGAUCCAAAUGGAAAGAAUAACUGGGUUAUAUUUGGAUAUGAUGGUCAAUACACAGAUUUGAAGAUUGUGGGACAAGGAGAGGAUGGGAUAGAGGAAAUGGUUGAUGAUUUGAGUGGAGGAAAAAUCUUAUAUGCAGGAGUGAGGGUCACGGAUCCUAAUACAAAUCUUCCAAAAAUUGUUUUUAUUAAUUGGCAAGGAGAAGGAGUUCCUGCAACUGUCAAAGGAAAGUGCGCCAACCAUUUGAGAGAUAUCACAGGCUUAUUUAGGGGCGUUCAUGUUCAGAUAAAUGCUCGUAAUGAUGAUGACGUAGAUGAAGAUGUUAUCAUCGAGAAAGUAAAAAAUUCGUCUGGUGCGAAUUAUGGAUUUCACAAAGAGAAACCAAAAGCAUUUAUACCUCAAGGAAACAUAGGAACAAACUAUGAAAGGCAAAGACCAGAUUUGGAUAUUAAUGUUCAACAAAAGGAUAAGUUUUGGGCUCAAAAAGAGAAAGAAGAAAAACAAAGAAAAGAGGAAGAAGUGAGACGUGCUAAUGAUGAACGUAUAGCUGAGUCAAGACAACGUGCUGAACGGGAGAAACGAGAAGCGGCUGCACGUGAUGAAAUGAUCAAAUCCAGAGAAAGACGCGUUAGUGAGCAAAGGGCGGAUGAACAAAAAGAAAGUGAACGAAGAAAAGAAGAAGAAAAAAGAAAAUACAAUGAAACUAUGCAGCAAUCGGAAAGGGAUGACGAAGAAUUCCGAAGGCGAUCUGACUCAGAAAGAAGGAAACGCCUGCAGGAGGCAAAUCAGUUGAUUCGCAAGCGGCAAGAAUCGUUUGGGGACUCUUCGCCAAGAGACACAUUUGAUAAGGAACCUGCUAAAGCUCCACCUCCAGUGACGGCACCAAAAAAGAAAGUUCUUCCAGCACCGCCGCGCAAACCUUCCCCAGAACCUGUCAGACAACCUUCCCCAGAACCUAUCAGACAGCCAUCACCUGAACCAGUCAGACAGCCAUCACCUGAACCAGUCAGGCAGCCUUCACCUGAACCAGUUCGGGAGCCUACUCCUGAGCCUAUUAGACAGCCUUCCCCUGAGCCUAUACGUGAAUCAUUGCCACCUGUUCCUGUAGAGCCAGCUAAAUCUUUACCCCCAGAGCCAGCGGACGAACUGUACGACAACAUCGACGACUUGAAAGAAAUAAAGCAAGUGGCCGACAACAGUCAAUCAAAUGGUUUGACAGCAAGAGCUCUUUACGACUACCAAGCAGCUGAUCCAUCAGAAAUCACUUUUGAUCCUGAAGAUGUUAUUACCAACAUUGAAAAAAUUGACGAAGGUUGGUGGAGAGGUACAGCGCCUAACGGAGCCCAUGGCAUGUUUCCUGCCAAUUAUGUUGAACUGAUAGACUCACCUCCUCAGGUUGAAAGCACACCCUCAGCUGGCAAUGGUGUAUGUGCAAAAGCUCUAUAUGAUUACCAAGCAGCUGAUGAAACGGAAAUAUCGUUUGAUCCAGACGACAUUAUUCGUAACAUUGAACAGAUUGAUGAGGGAUGGUGGAGAGGAGAUGGUCCUGAUGGAAGGAAUGGAUUAUUCCCUGCCAAUUACGUCGAGUUGAUUUAGUAAUACUGUCCAUUUUUGAUUUCUUUAAACGUGUAUAGAACAUCCGUAUUCGUGAAAUUUUGCAUUUUUGGAAUAAAAUUUUUGAUACUUGUUGUGUGUAGAGGAUAUGAUACACCGCUUGAUUUAUCCAAACAAGAAUACAAUAGAUAUUUCUGCCGAUAAAUAUAUUUUUAUUAUCAUGGAUCCAGUGUUAAAUCUAAUUUUUGUAGCCAGAUUUUUUUUAAAUAUCAAAAUUCUAAACCAGGCUUGUCAUUAUUCCAAUUUCUCUGUUCUUUUUUAUUAACCUCAAAUAAUAUUCUUAUUAAAGAAACAGCGUGCGUAUAAUUUAAAAAAAAAUAAUUAAAAUAAAAUCUUUUGAUUUCUAAGAUCCCUUUGAUUAUUUUUUUGAUUAUUUUUGUUGAAUUUUUGUGCAAAAUGUCCACCCUGAUCAGAUGGGAAGUCAGAAGUUUAAUUUCUUGUGUCAAUGGCUCUUUUGUUUGUUUCCAUUUGUCUUACUAUCAUCCAUGCAUCCACUUUACAUACUCAUAUAUUUUAGGUAGUUUUUUUUGUUUUGUAAAUUAUAAAUUAAGUCUCCCGAUCUUGUAUUUUUAUUUUCACAUCUUAUAUUUCUAUCGACUUUAAAUAUAUAUUAUAGGUACAAA